AUGGCCAUGAUGAGAACAGGAACCAGUAGACCCUCUAAAGGAAGAAGUCUCAUUGGUUACGUUGAUAACUCACCUCAGAUCACUGGGAGAGGAGAAACAGUGGAACCAGUCUUUUCUGUGGAUGAGUUUUCUGCCUCUGUCCUCACUGGAAAACUGACUACUGUCUUUCUUCCAAUUGUCUACGUGAUCGUAUUUGCAGUUGGUUUGCCGAGUAAUGGCAUGGCCCUGUGGGUCUUUCUUUUCCGGACAAAGAAGAAGCACCCUGCUGUGAUUUACAUGGCCAACCUGGCCUUGGCGGACCUCCUCUCUGUUAUCUGGUUCCCUUUGAAGAUUGCCUAUCACAUCCAUGGCAACAACUGGAUUUACGGGGAAUCUCUUUGCAAGGUACUCGUUGGCUUUUUCUACGGCAACAUGUACUGCUCCAUCCUCUUCAUGACCUGUCUCAGUGUGCAGAGGUACUGGGUCAUCGUGAACCCCAUGGUGUACCCCAUGAAGAAGGCGAGCAUUGCCAUCAGUGUCUCCCUGGGAAUAUGGCUGCUGAUUCUGCUGGUUACUAUCCCCUUAUACGUUGUGAAGCAGACCGUCUACAUCCCAGCACUUAACAUCACGACCUGUCAUGAUGUUUUGCCAAAGGAGGUGUUGGUGGGGGACAUGUUCAAUUAUUUCCUCUCUCUGGCCAUUGGAGUCUUUCUGUUCCCAGCCUUCCUUACGGCCUUUGCCUAUGUGCUGAUGAUCCGGACCCUCCAAUCUUCUGCCUUGGAUAAAAACUCAGGAAAGAAGAGGCAGAGAGCCAUCAAGCUCAUCGUCACUGUCCUGGCCGUGUACCUGAUCUGCUUCACUCCUAGUAACCUUCUGCUCGUGGUGCAUUACUUCCUGAUUAAAAACCGGGGCCAGAGCCACGUCUAUGCCCUGUACGUCGUAGCCCUCUGCCUCUCCACCCUCAACAGCUGCAUUGACCCCUUUGUCUAUUACUUCAUUUCAGAAGACUUCAGGGAUCAUGCAAAGAAUGCUCUGCUUUGUCGGAACGUCCGUACUGUAAAGCAGAUGCAAGAAAAGGAGCUUCAGAGCCGUUUAGCCCAAGGUUGUCAUAUCCCUCCACUGCAGAAGGAGGCCCAGUUAGAUCAUGUACCUCAGCUGGAGGUUGCCAUGGACACCAUGAAGAUUAGAAUCUUCCACCGCUACUCCUGCAAGGAAGGGGACAGGUUCAAGAUCAACAAGGGGGAGCUGAAAAUGCUCCUGCAGCGAGACCUCACAGAAUCCCUCUCGUGUCAAAAGGAUCCCGAGUUGGUUGAUAAGAUAAUGCAGGACCUGGAUGCCAAUAAGGACAAUGAAGUGGAUUUUAAUGAAUUUGUGGUCAUGGUGGCAGCUCUGACAGUUGCUUGUAAUGAUUACUUUGUAGAACAAUUGAAGAAGAAAGGAAAGACAAGUAGUAAGCUAAUCUAA